AUGGUCAACCAUAUUCGGCACAUGAACAAACUACCUCUUAUCUUCUUUGAGACCCAGGACCAGAAACUGCAGGACAAGAUAAAGCAGCCCAUCAGCAAACUAAUUGAGCGGAACCGACUCAAGAUGGUGUUAAAAAACUUGUCAAUCUUGAAGCUACUCAGGAGCUCAAACCACCGGAUCCAGGCCCUGCACAAUCUGGCCAGAAGGUGCUGGAAUUCAUUGGUCAGAGUUCCAAAGAUCCUCCGAAUCUCCUCAGGGAGCAAUGACGUCUGCAAUGACGUGGGACAACGUGAUGAAGAGCUACCCGAGGCUAGGCCCCUAGAGAAGAUGCUGGAGUCUGAGAAAGCUGAGUCCGUAGGGGAGCCUAAGGAGAUCAGGCCCCAGGAGGGGCCCCAGGGGUCACCUGCAGCGGUGCCACAGCAAGACAAACAGACGGGGCCUGAGCUUCCCAGGACAUCAAAGGGUCAUGGCGUGAGCACUGGAGCCCGGGAGAGACAGCCAUACACUAGGGGCCCCCGAGUCAUCUUCCUGAAGACCUGCCCCCACAGAACUCCCAUGAGCAACAUGCAGCGGCUGCCUGUGGCUGGCCAGUUGGUCUGGUUCGAGGGCCUGCCCACCCGCAUCCAGCUCCCGGGGCCCCGGGUCUUCUGCAGAUCCUCCACCCUGCGCUGGACCACGCGCUGCUGCACUCGGUUCUGCUCUGCGUCCCUCGAGCUGCCUAUGCGACCUCCCUAUAAGGCGCGCAUGACACACACCACUGCCAGGCCUGGGACAGGUGCAGACCCUGAGCCAGGAACCAUAGGCCUGGUCCCUGUGCCCACUCACCAAACGGCAGCGCCCUCUGGGGGUGAUUUGAGCGACUAA